UAUUGUUUACUUUGGUUUCCGCCCCGAAAAAACCAUCGCAUUGCUCUAUGUGCUUGACUUUAGUUUCAGGUUUUAUUUCAGGUAUAAUUUGUCGUUAUUUUUUGUCGUUACGACUGUGCAGCCAUUCUUGCAUGAAGUUCAUUCGACUUUCUCCCGAACUGCAUAUUCGUUUCAGCUCGUUUUCGUGGACAUCACAGAGCCAUGGCCGAUAAAGGUCAAAAUCCGUCAAUGUGGCAAUAUCCUCCAUACCCUCCUUAUGGUCAAGGGUAUCAGGGGUAUGGCCAACCAGGUUAUGGCUACCCUAACCAGUAUUAUGGUAUGCAGCAAUAUCAGCAAGGCAUGGGCUAUCCUUAUGGCGGUGGAUCAAUGGGCUCUCCAGGUCAAGGGCCUCCUUUACCUCCGGGUCCUCAUGGAUCACCAAUGCAGGGAUUUACCCCUCCUGGUGGUUCUAAAGAGGCUGAUCCUGAAGCCAUGAAAGAUGAAAAUAAUGGAAAAACCCAAUUGAGCUCUGCCUCACCAGGUGCUCCGCCAGGUGAAGAAGAACUUAUUCCACUCCCAUCAGGUACCCCACCCCCACCAUCCAAUGGGUUACCCCCUGGAUUUUCACCACGGCAAAAUAAUUUCUUUCCAAACCAAGUUCCCAACAACCCUUUUGCUCCUAUUAGAUUCAACAUCAACCAUAAAAACAGAAUGCAGUAUCCGUUCAACCAAAACAACCAGCCAGGGGUUCACCAAGGGCAAAGACCUAAUGCUCCAAAUAACCCAGCCGCCCUACUGCAGCCGAAUGCUAUUGGACAACCUGGACAACCUAUGAUGAGUAAGAAGAAAAGGAAACGUGCCAAACAACUAGCUUUACAGGCGGCGGCUGCUGCUGCAGCUGCUGCGGCUACCAACACUGGAGGGUCAACAUAUUCUUUUGUCAAGAGCUUUGAGCCCCUAACUUCUGUUGCAAAUCCUAAUAACAUCCCUCCUUUGCCUCCAAAUCCUCCUCCUCCUGACAAUCCUCCACCAUUGCCUCCAUUACCGGAAGAACCGCAGACCCCGUCUGCUCAACCACCUCUACCACCUGCUGGAGUAGGAACUACUCCCCCAGCGCCUCCAGCGGCUCCAGCAGGGGCUGACACAUGGCCUGAAAGUCUAAAAAACUAUGUCAAAAUGUGCUACGACAGGUGCAAGACAGGUGUUGAUAAAGAUAGGGUAGAAAUUAUUUUAAAAGGUAAAAUUAUGAGUGCAACAAAUAAGAAGACACUUUGGACCAAAAACUGGGAAGAGGAGGAACUGCCAAAGUUAUCUGCAGAUCUCCUCCCCUCUCCCAGAAAUUUUGGCAAUAUGCAAAGGAACAACAUUGCAAAGCCUAUGACACCUAACCGUGGUAUAGCUGCUCGUCUCAGCUUGGGUAACAAAUUCAAUAAGGGUCAAAUAAGACGCCAGUCAAGGCGUAGCUCAAGUUCACCAAGUCCCUCUCGCUCGAGGAGUAGAUCACGGUCUCGUAGAAAGUCAAGAUCACGAUCUCAUUCUAGAUCACGCUCUCGAUCAAGGUCACGCUCUGAUUCCUCCCAUAGCUCUCACAGGAGAAGAAAAAGGAGCAGCAGUUCUUCAAGCAGUGCCGAUGAUUUUAAGUCAUUAAAAGUUGGGAAGGGCAGAGCUCAGCGUGGCAGAUUAGGAGAUCGCCUUAGCUUCCCAGGGAAAGGCAGAGGUGGUACUGUAAUGAAUAAAAAAGCAAAACACCCCAAAGGUGUUCUGAAAUCUCAUUUCUACUCUGAGUUUGGUGGCAAUACGGAAGAGCUUGGCAAUUCUGAACAACUUCAAAAGAGAGCUGCUCGAUUUAGUGCCAUUACCAGAUCACCAUCAAACCCAACAGCUCUUUUGACACCUCAAAAUAAUCGUCACAAACGUAUCAGUAUGAGUAACAAAUUCUCAGAAGAUACUGAAGGGGACUUUGACCUUACAGAAUGCCAUGUUGUUGGUACAUGUCAGGAAAUAGAGAAAAGAUAUCUUCGCUUAACUUCUGCUCCCGAUCCAUCUCAAGUACGCCCUGUGGAGGUGUUAAAAAUCGCUCUCAAUAGAGCAAAGGACAAAUGGCUCAAAAGUGAAGAUUACCAUGCAUCCUGUGAUCAACUUAAAUCUAUACGUCAAGAUCUUACUGUCCAGGGAAUAAGAGAUCAAUUUACUGUCUAUGUUUAUGAAACACAUGCUCGUAUCGCCAUGGAAAAAGGUGAUCAUGAAGAAUUCAACCAAUGCCAAACACAACUGAAGAUGCUUUAUGCUGACUUAGGUGGUGAAAAUGUGAAUGAAUUUACAGCCUAUAGAAUACUGUAUUAUAUCUUUACCAAAAACAAUUUAGAUCUUACAGUAGUCAUGGCAUCCCUUACUCCUGAAGCUGAGCAACAUGAUUGCAUUGCCCAUGCUCUCAAUAUGCGUUCAGCAUGGUGGCUUGGAAAUUAUCACAAGUUUUUCAAGCUUUAUAGAGCUGCCCCUAAAAUGGCUGCAUAUUUAGUUGACUGGUUUGCUGACCGCGAGCGGAAAGCAGCAAUCAAGAUCAUGAUUAAAUCCUAUCGUCAACAUUUGCCAGUCAGUUUCGUGGCCGCAGAAUUGGCGUUCGCGUCCGAGGAAAAGUGUUUAGAAUUUCUUACCCCAUUUGGUUUCACAUAUGCUGACAUUGAAAGGACCAAGAUAGAUUGCAAGGCUAGUUCAGCUGUCCUUACAAGUUUUUGAGUCCUUGGCUGUUGGAUGAAUGCUGCAUUUGCAUGAUUGUUAGCAUUGUCUGUGUGCCAAACAAAUUUUAGACCAGGUUUUGAUGAACUUCUUUUAAUGAACAUAGAAGGAAUCAAGGUCUUAAUAUACAGCCUCAAACCCCAUACAUAUGCACAUUGACAAGUAUGUCGUAUCUUUACAUUAAAAUUAACACAAUCAUGCCAGAGAUAAAUGUCAGAAAAAAUUGUGGAACAAAGAAGUGGGUGAAGAGGACCAGAAGAUCUCAAUCAAGAACAGAAGAAAGAAGCCAGGAAAAAUUGUAAUGAAGAAGAUGGGGUACUCAUUAUUUCUGCUGGAACGCAUUUUGUUUAGCAACUCUUAAUACAGUUGUUGGUUGGAAAUUUACCAACUACACAAUCACAUUCAGAAAGAAGAAACAAAAAAGCUACAAGUCAUUGAUGGAUAAGAUAAAAUUAUCCUCAAUAAUGAUGAAUGACGAAUGAAGAGGACUUAAAAUUUUGGAGAAUGGCCAACCCCUCCAUAAAACCAGUAUCAAAACUGAGAUCAGCUUUCAAAAUUCGUCAAUCCCCUCUUUCACGAUUUUUCUGCAAUUUUUAUUACUUUCCUCUGUUACUUCCCCACACCACUCCCCUCCUCUCUUUUUUUCACUUUUUCACAGCAUUUUAGUAGUGCAACCACUGCCAAUCACUACACUGGCUUCCAAGGAAUCUUCCAGUAUCUUGUGGGAUACAUGAGCUGCCAACACACUGCUUGUCUGCAAUGAAUUGAAUAUUGAAGAGGAACGUCUUCCAUUAGAAGCAAAUCAAAGGACAGAAGAUUUUAGGUUCGGUUUUCGCGUUAUUGCAAUGUUCUCUCAACAUAGUUAUACACCCACUCAACAUUAGGAAUCUGCCUGGGCCAUUUAUCAGAAACCGAACAGUUUGUCCUUCAAACCUCCCAAACAAUGGGUAAAUUCUUCAACAACCUUCACUCUUUUGCCCUGUUAUAAACAAGUAGCAAGUCUUUUCCCCACUUUUUUUUUGUUCUGCUUUAUUUGAGUUCUUGUCAGUGCACUUUCAUACAAGAAACAUGAAAAAAAAAAGAGAAACAAAGAAAAAGACUGGGGAAGGAUAUGUUUUACGGCCUCAUUGCAGAAUGAGAAGAUUUGGAAGAAGAGGGUACUUUAAGAGAAGAAGGUUCCAAGAGUGAAGAGAUUUUCAUUGAAGAAUAACUGUUUCUCGAGCCGCCUGAUUUCGCUUGGACUUGUGCCCAUCUGACGAUAUUGUGCCACACGGGUUGCUCUGCUUCGUGAUACCCCAUCGUUGUUUUCACACAGGUCUUUGAUCAACGUUGUUCUCUCAACUGCUUUAAUGUAGGCUUUGGAUUAUUUCUCGCACUAUAGUGUGUUUUCCAGUCCCUUGCAGAUCAAAUGAAGGUGAAUGAACCAGUCUUUAACUAAAAGGAGUCACCUUCAUCACAGCUUCCUACCACCAAAGCCAAGAAGCCCAAGCCCAGGAGGAUAUAUGUAGAACUUCUCAGAGAUCUUCCAAAUUGUGCCCUAAUUUUAUACGAAAGAAACCUCUUGUUAUAGUUGGUAGUUCUGUCAUACCAUCAAUCCAUUUCAGAGGAUCUUCCACUCAGGUCUGGAUAUGUAUAUUAAGAAUGUGAGACUUGCCCAUCUAUUUCAGAAAGUCUCAAAACAGACCAAUUUCAGUUCAUUAUUAAUGAAAAAGCUAUUUUAUUGGUUAAUUUUUAUGCAAUGGUAAUUUUUUUCAUAUUGUAUUUAGUAUUAUGAACAGUUUUAUCUGACUUCUUGCUAAUACUCUAAGUAAAGUUAUUUUUGUAAAGAUUUUGAAAUUGAAGUAAUUUACACAUGUCUGGGUUAUUUGACAAGUUCAGUUCUGGUUGUAUGCUGCUGCAUGGUUUUCUGUUUAUUUCAGUUAAAGGGAGUUUCUUUGAUUGUGACUUGUUGUAUCCGAAGAGACCCACGCUGUUGAGUACUUUUAUAAUUCAGCUCAAAUUCACGAGAAUAAUUCUCAAUAUUUAUGAAGAUUCUUUCAGUUCAUUGUUUUUAUUUUUUGUAUGUUUAGUUUUGUUUUUCUUUUCUUUACAAAAGGUUAUUAUAAAUUGGAGACAGGUUCAGUGACAGAUGAUAAUAUUUUAUCAACUGAGCAACUGAGUCAUGCUGCUCUUUUUUGAUUAUAUGUACUCAUGGAUUUAAAAUCCAUGAAUCUGAUUUAUCUAAUUUCUUCAUUCUAAAAGGUACAAAAAAGUGCCAAUUACGUGAGUCACCGAUUAUUGAUUACUUAGUAAGAUUUCUGGAUAUCUACGUUCAGUUUGUGUCUUUGGCAUGUUAAAUAUGUGAAGUAAACAACAUUCCAUGUUAAAGUACUUAUGAUCCAAAAAAGUUGUAACAGGUAAUUGAUUCACAUUUUGCAAGUUGAUAUUCUUUACAUAUAGACCUGAGAUGGGUAACUCGGAAAGUGGAUUGUUGUUAUGAGUUAAACGUACCUACCUCUCAAAAGUAUCCAUGGUGUAGUUAAGGAUAAUCUGUUUUUUAAAUAUUUUAAAAUCAAUUCUACAUCUGCUGGACAGCUUUAAAAUUAUUGCAUGCAGAUUGUGGGAGGCAUUUUUGUGUCAAGGUAAGUCUCCAAUCGAGAUUAUGUAUGUGUUGCAUUUCAACAUGAACUUUUAGAGAAGCCUUUAUUCUUAGUCAUAUACUUUUUAUUUAUCUUGCCAAAAUUGUAAUUUUGUACAGAGUUUUGGUAUCUGUAAUCUGUGAUGCAUGUUGACAUUGUUUUGAUUAAUAGUUAAGAAACCAUUAGUAAUAAAUAUGGUAAAACAAUUA